CCGGUGGUGUGUCAUGGCGGUGGCAUGGUGAAUCCUACAGAAAGGGAAAAAUACUCGCCCCUUUCGUCCUUUCUCAUCCAUUCAGGACAAUUUUUUUCAUGUAUAAAUAAGCCUGUCAACUCCGGCUUCACACCUUGGACUUAGCCGCACUGUUUUGCGUUUCCCUGCGGCCGGCCAUGGCGGCUCACAAACCAGUGGAAUGGGUCCAGGCCGUGAUUACCAGAUUUGAUGAGCAGCUUCCCAUUAAAGUCGGACAUCAGAACACCCACAGUAAAAUCAGCACAGACCACAACAAGGAAUGUCUGAUCAACAUCUCCAAGUACAAGUUCUCGCUCGUCAUCAGCGGCCUUACCACCAUCCUCAAAAAUGUCAACAACAUGCGGAUAUUUGGAGAAGCUUCUGAGAAGAACCUUUACCUCUCCCAGCUCAUCAUCCUGGACACACUGAAGAAGUGCCUGGCUGGGCAAUCUAAGGAUUGCUUGCGUCUGGAUGAGACUAUGCUGGUCAAACAGCUGCUGCCAGAGAUCUGCCAUUUCAUCCACACGUACCGCGAGGGCCACCAGCACGCCGCUGAGCUGCGGGCUUCAGCCUCGGCCGUGCUCUUCUCCCUGAGCUGCAACAACUUCAACGCAGUCUUCAGCCGCAUCUCCACAAGGUUGCAAGAGCUGACUGUGUGCUCAGAGGACAACGUGGAUGUUCAUGACAUAGAGCUGAUGCAGUACAUCAAUGUGGACUGCUCCAAACUGAAGAGGCUGCUACAAGAAACAGUGCUGAAGUUCAGAGCCCUAAAGAAGCCCGCUCAGCUUGCAGUCAUCAACAGUUUAGAGAAGGCAUUUUGGAACUGGGUGGAGAAUUAUCCAGAUGAGUUCACCAUGUUGUACCAACGCCCACAGGCGGACAUGGCAGAAGCUGCAGAGAAGUUGUUUGACCUGGUGGACAGCUUUGCAGAGAGCGCCAAGAGGAAGGCGGCCGUGUGGCCUCUGCAGAUCAUCCUCCUCAUCCUUUGUCCAGAGAUCACACACACAAUCUCUAAAGACACCGUGGAAGAGAGCAAAGCCAACAAGAAACUGUUUUUGGACAGCUUGCGGAAAGCCUUAGCGGGACAGGGUGGAAACAAGCAGCUUAUGGAGAGCGCCGCCAUCGCCUGUGUCAAGCUUUGUAAAGCUUCAACCUACAUCAGCUGGGAAGACCACUCAACCAUUUUCCUCCUGGUCCAGUCCAUUGUCAUGGAUCUCAAGGCUCAGCUGUUCAAUCCAUCCAAGCCGUUUUGGAGGGGGACCGGCAGCCAGAACGCUGACGUGGAGCUCAUGACGGACUGCUUCAUCUCCUGUUUCCGUAUCAAUCCCCACAACAACCAGCACUUUAAGGUCUGUUUGGCCGCCUCCUCCCCCUCCACCUUUCACUUUGUCCUGGUCAACUCUUUGCACAGAAUAAUCACUAACUCCCAUCUAGACUGGUGGCCUAAGAUCGAUACAGUGUACUGUUACUCUGGAGAGCUUCGCUUUAUGUUCUCAGACACCCUCAACCGAGUGAUUCAAGGCACUGGCACUCACGCUCCACUACGCAUGGCUCCGAGUCUGACAUUCAUAGGUAAGAAGACCACCAGCCUUAAGUUCAAAGAGAAAGCCACAGACCUAGACACUCGAAGUUACAAGUGCCUCCUCCUCGCUCUGGUCAAACUCAUCCACGCUGACCCCAAACUCAUGCUGCAUAAUCCAGUGAAGCAAGCUCCAGAGAUGCAGAGCAGCACAGCAGAGCUCAUUACCGGCCUGGUGCAGCUGGUGCCUCUGAACAACACCACCCUGCUCUCACAAGAAGCCAUGGAGGCUCUACUAGUGCUGCACCAGCCAGAGACCAUAGAGCUGUGGAAUCCUGAUGCCCCCAUAGAGACAUUUUGGGACAUCAGUUCCCAGGUGCUCUUCCUAAUCUGCCGCAAACUUAUUGGCCAUCAAAUGGUUAACGGGACAGAAGUACUAAAAUGGCUGAGGGAGAUCCUCAUCUGCAGGAACAAGUUUCUGCUCAAGAACAAGGAGUGUGCCACUAUGGGUGGGGGCAUUCCCAUCUGCCGGCAGGCGCAGACCAAGCUGGAGGUGUGCCUCUACAUGUUCCUGUGGAGCCCAGACACAGAGGCAGUGCUGGUGGCCAUGUCCUGUUUCCGCCACCUCUGCGAGGAGGCUGACAUCCGCAGCGCAGCCGAUGAGGUGCCCGUCCAGACAAUCUUGCCCAACUAUGCCACCUUCAGCGAACUGGCCUCCGUCAGCACCUUGAUGGGAACAGGUCGCUCUACUUUGCAAAAAAGAGUGAUGGCCUUGUUAAGAAGAAUAGAGCAUCCCACACCAGGAAACAUUGAGGCUUGGGAGGACACAUACGCUAAAUGGGACCAGACAACCAAACAGAUACUCAACUUCCCCAAAAACAAGGCCGACGAUGGACAGCAGGAGUGGAUCAACAUGACCGGCUUCUUGUGUGCGCUGGGUGGCGUGUGCCUUCACCAACGCAGCACUCCUGGCCCAGCCACUUACAGCCCACCUAUGGGCCCUCUGAGUGAGCGUAAACCCUCCAUGAUCUCCGUGGGGCCCUGCGACAUGUCCAAUGCUGUGGCCUCGUCCUGCUCCUCAUCAGCUUCCAGUGAGACGCCCGUCAGCCGCUUCCUGGACCGGCUGUUGGCCCUACUGGUGUGUGGCCACGACAGAGUCGGCCUCCAUGUCCGCACCAAUGUGAAAGACCUGCUGGGUCUGGAGCUCAGUCCAGCGCUCUACCCCAUGCUCUUCAACAAGCUGAAAAACAGCAUUGGCAAGUUUUUUGACACCCAGGGACCGGUUCCCAUCAACGACACUAACACCCAGUUUGUGGAGCAGACCAUAGCCAUCAUGAAGAACCUGUUGGAUAACCACACAGAGGGCAGCUCCGAGCACCUGGGACAGGCCAGCAUCGAGACCAUGAUGCUCAACCUGGUCAGGUAUGUGCGCAUCCUGGGUAACGUGGUCCAUGCAAUCCAGAUCAAAACCAAGCUGUGCCAGCUCGUCGAGGUGAUGAUGGAGAGACGAGACGACCUGUCCUUCUGUCAGGAGAUGAAGUUCAGGAACAAGAUGGUGGAGUAUUUGACAGACUGGGUGAUGGGAACCUCCAACCAAGCUGCCGAUGAUGACAUAAAGUGCCUGACGAGAGACUUGGACCAGGCCAGUAUGGAGGCUGUAGUAUCCCUGUUAGCUGGUCUACCUCUGCAGCCAGAGGAGGGUGAUGGAGUCGAACUCAUGGAGGCUAAGUCUCAGCUCUUCCUCAAGUACUUCACCCUGUUCAUGAACCUGCUCAACGACUGCAGCGAGGUAGAGGAUGAGGGCCAGACAGUGGGGGGGCGGAAGAGGGGAAUGUCUCGACGCCUGGCUUCUCUUCGCCACUGCACCGUCUUGGCCAUGUCCAACCUGCUCAACGCCAACGUAGACAGUGGCCUCAUGCAUUCCAUCGGUCUGGGUUAUCAUAAGGACCUUCAGACUCGAGCAACUUUCAUGGAGGUGCUGACCAAGAUCUUGCAGCAGGGAACAGAGUUUGACACACUGGCAGAGACUGUGCUGGCCGACCGCUUCGAGAGGCUUGUGGAGCUCGUCACCAUGAUGGGAGACCAGGGAGAGCUGCCCAUUGCCAUGGCUCUGGCAAAUGUUGUUCCUGGGUCCCAGUGGGACGAGCUAGCCCGGGUCCUGGUGACGUUGUUCGACUCCCGCCAUUUACUCUACCAGCUGCUGUGGAACAUGUUUUCUAAAGAGGUGGAGCUGGCUGACUCCAUGCAGACUCUUUUCAGAGGGAACAGCCUCGCGAGCAAGAUAAUGACCUUCUGUUUUAAGGUAUAUGGAGCAGCGUACCUGCAGAAGCUACUGGAGCCCUUAUUAAGAGGAGUCAUCACGACCCCCGAACACAUCAGUUUUGAAGUGGACCCCACCAGGCUGGAACAAGGUGAGAACCUCGAGGAGAACCAGAGGAACCUGCUACAGAUCACUGAGCGCUUCUUCCAGGCCAUUAUCGGUUCGUCCAGUGAAUUCCCCCCACAGCUGCGCAGCGUCUGCCACUGUCUCUACCAGGCUACUUGCCACUCUCUACUGAAUAAAGCAUCAGUAAAAGAAAAAAAGGAAAACAAAAAAGCAGUGGUGAGUCAGCGGUUCCCACAGAACAGCAUUGGUGCAGUGGGCAGUGCCAUGUUUCUACGCUUCGUCAACCCUGCCAUCGUGUCGCCAUAUGAGGCGGGAAUCUUGGACAAGAAACCCCAACCCAGGAUAGAACGAGGUCUCAAGCUCAUGUCCAAGAUUCUGCAGAGUAUUGCCAACCACGUACUGUUUACAAAAGAAGAACAUAUGAGGCCUUUUAAUGACUUUGUUAAAAGCAACUUUGAUUCAGCGAGAAGGUUCUUCUUGGACAUAGCAUCAGACUCUCCUCCCAGCGACUCCGUCAACCACAGUUUGUCCUUCAUCAGUGACGGUAACGUGUUGGCCCUCCACCGCCUGCUGUGGAACAAUCAGGAAAGGAUUGGCCAGUACCUUUCCAGUAACAGGGACCAUAAAGCUGUAGGCAGGCGGCCUUUCGACAAGAUGGCAACCCUGCUGGCUUACCUUGGACCCCCAGAACAUAAACCUGUGGCUGACACUCACUGGUCCAGUCUCAACCUGACCAGCUCCAAGUUUGAGGAGUUCAUGACAAGGCACCAGGUCCAUGAAAAGGAGGAGUUUAAAGCCCUAAAAACACUCAACAUCUUUUACCAGGCAGGAACCUCCAAGACCGGCAACCCAGUCUUCUACUACGUGGCCCGCAGGUUCAAGACAGGCCAGAUUAAUGGAGACCUGCUCAUCUACCAUGUCCUUCUCACCCUUAAACCCUACUACGCAAAGCCCUAUGAGAUAGUAGUAGAUUUAACUCAUGUCGGACCCAGCAAUCGCUUCAAGACCGACUUCUUGUCCAAGUGGUUUGUGGUCUUUCCUGGCUUUGCUUAUGAGAACGUGGCAGCAGUUUAUGUCUACAACUGUAACACUUGGGUGAGAGAGUACACCAAGUAUCACGAGCGACUGCUGACGGGCCUGAAGGGCAGCAAGAGGCUCCAGUUUAUUGACUCUCCUGCUAAACUAGCUGAGCACAUUGAACCGGAUCAACAAAAACUACCUGCAGCCACUUUGACAUUGGAGGAAGACCUUAAAGUGUUUCACAAUGCCCUCAAGCUGGCCCACAAAGAUACCAAGGUCUCAAUAAAGGUGGGCUCGACGGCUGUUCAGGUGACCUCAGCUGAGCGGACUCGGGUUCUUGGUCAGCCUGUCUUUCUCAACGAUGUUUACUACGCCUCAGAGAUUGAGGAGAUUUGCCUGGUGGAUGAGAGCCAGUUCACCCUCACCAUGGCCAAUCAGGGCACACCUCUCACAUUCAUGCACCAAGAGUGUGAUGCCAUUGUUCAGUCGAUAAUUCAUAUUCGGACACGCUGGGAGUUGUCUCAGCCUGACUCAAUUCCACAGCACACAAAGAUCAGACCAAAAGAUGUCCCAGGAACUCUGCUCAACAUUGCUCUGCUCAACCUGGGCAGUUCUGACCCCAGCCUCAGGUCUGCAGCUUACAAUCUACUGUGUGCUUUGACUUGCACCUUCAACCUAAAGAUUGAGGGACAGCUGCUGGAGACAUCAGGCCUCUGCAUUCCAGCCAACAAUACCCUCUUUAUAGUCUCCAUUAGCAAGACUCUGGCUGCCAAUGAGCCACAUCUCACACUGGAGUUUUUGGAAGAGUGCAUCUCAGGCUUCAGCAAGUCCAGUAUUGAGCUCAAGCAUCUCUGCCUUGAGUACAUGACGCCAUGGCUGCUGAACCUGGUUCGCUUCUGUAAGCAUAACGAUGACGCCAAGCGCCAGCGUGUCACGGCCAUCUUGGACAAACUCAUCACUAUGACAAUCAAUGAAAAGCAGAUGUAUCCCUCUAUCCAGGCCAAGAUCUGGGGCAGCCUGGGUCAGAUAACGGAUCUGCUGGAUGUGGUUUUAGAUAGCUUUAUUAAGACCAGUGCCACGGGAGGCCUGGGCUCCAUUAAAGCGGAGGUCAUGGCUGAUACUGCAGUGGCUCUGGCUUCAGGGAAUGUCAAACUAGUCUCCAACAAGGUUAUUGGUCGGAUGUGUAAGAUCAUCGAUAAGACGUGUCUCUCACCAACUCCCACGCUGGAACAGCACCUCAUGUGGGAUGACAUUGCCAUCCUGGCACGCUACAUGCUGAUGCUGUCCUUCAACAACUCUCUGGAUGUUGCAGCCCACCUGCCUUACCUGUUUCAUGUAGUGACUCUGCUAGUAGCCACGGGGCCGCUGUCUCUGAGGGCCUCUACCCAUGGUUUGGUUAUCAACAUUAUCCACUCCCUCUGCACCUGCUCGCAGCUCAACUUCAGCGAGGAGACGAAGCAGGUUCUGAGGCUGAGCCUGACUGAGUUCUCACUGCCUAAGUUCUACCUGCUGUUCGGCAUCAGUAAAGUCAAGUCGGCGGCCGUCAUCGCCUUUCGCUCCAGCUACAGAGACCGUUCCUUCUCACCAGGCUCAUACGAGAGGGAGACCUUCGCCCUGUCCUCUUUGGAGACCGUCACUGAGGCCUUACUGGAAAUCAUGGAGGCUUGUAUGAGGGACAUCCCAACUUGCAAGUGGUUAGACCAGUGGACAGAACUUGCACAGAAGUUUGCGUUCCAGUACAACCCGUCUCUCCAGCCCAGAGCACUGGUCGUGUUUGGCUGCAUUAGCAAGAGAGUUAGCCACGGACAGAUCAAGCAGAUCAUCCGAAUCCUCAGCAAGGCCAGUCCUCUGCUCAGCAUAGACCGGGGUCUGGAGAGCUGCCUGAAGGGGCCAGACAAUUACAACAGCCAAGUAUUAAUAGAGGCUACAGUCAUUGCUCUGACCAAGCUGCAGCCUCUACUCAGCAAGGACUCCCCCAUGCACAAAGCUCUGUUCUGGGUGGCCGUGGCUGUGCUGCAGCUAGACGAAGUCAACCUAUACUCUGCCGGAACCGCCCUUUUGGAGCAGAACCUCCACACUCUGGACACAAUGCGCGUCUUCAAUGACAAGAGUCCAGAGGAAGUGUUCAUGGAAAUCAGGCGUCCUUUAGAGUGGCACUGUAAGCAGAUGGAUCAUUUUGUGGGCCUCAACUUUAGUGCCAACUUCAACUUUGCAUUGGUGGGCCACCUACUCAAAGGAUACAGACACCCAUCACCCACCACAGUGGCGAGGACGGUGCGCAUCCUGCACACCCUGUUGGCUCUAAUCAGCAAGCAUCUAAAAUGUGACAAGUUUGAAGUCAACACCCAGAGUGUGGCUUAUCUCGCUGCUUUGCUCACUGUGUCUGAGGAAGUCAGAAGUCGCUGCAGCCUCAAACACAGGAAGUCACUACUGAUUUCAGAUCUCUCCAUGGACCCAGUUCCCAUGGACACCUACUCCAUCCACAUCAGUGAUCCCACCUGCAGAACUCUACAAGAGCCUCAGCCAUGUACAUCACCUCAGGUUUCAGAGCGCUUCCUGUUACCUCAUCAUUACCCCACGAUGGGCCAAAUCAGCCCACGAACACGCAAGUCCAUGAGCCUGGACAUGGGCCAGCCUUCCCAGGCCAACACAAAAAAGCUCCUGGGCACCAGGAAGAGUUUUGAUCAUCUCAUAUCAGACUGUAAAGCACCAAAGAGACCAGAGAUGGAGUCUGGCAUGACUACCCCUCCCAAGAUGAGGCGUGUAGCAGAGAAUGACUAUGAGAUAGAGACACAAAGAAUCGGAAACUCUCACCUCCGCAAGGUGUCUGUGUCAGAGUCUAAUGUUCUGCUGGAUGAGGAGGUGCUGACUGACCCAAAGAUCCAGGCUCUGCUGCUCACUGUGCUGGCGACUCAGGUCAAAUACAGCACCGAUGACUUUGACCAGCGGAUUCUGUACGAGUACUUGGCUGAAGCUAGCGUUGUCUUCCCAAAGGUUUUUCCAGUUGUCUACAACCUACUUGACUCCAAGAUCAACACUGUGCUGUCCAUGUGCCAGGACACCAACCUCCUGAACCCCGUCCAUGGCAUUGUCCAGAGCGUGGUAUACCAUGAGGAGUCGCCCCCUCAGUACCAACCCUCAUACUUACAAAGCUUUGGUUUUAAUGGACUUUGGAGGUUUGCUGGACCUUUUUCUAAGCAAACCCAGAUACCAGACUACGCUGAACUGAUUGUCAAGUUUCUGGAGGCACUGAUUGACAGUUACCUGCCGACGGCUGACGAGGAGCGAGGGGAGGAGCAGUCAAGGACCCCCACCUCCCCCUACCCCCCCACCAGCCAAAGCCAGCUGAGCAUCACUGCCAACCUCAACCUCUCCAACUCCAUGACCUCACUGGCCACCUCACAGCAUUCACCAGGUGUGGACAAGGAGAACGUCCAGCUGUCCCCCAGCUCUGCUCUGUCCAGCGGGGGGCGCACUCGCCACGGUUCAGCAAGUCAGGUCCAGAAGCAGCGCAGUGCUGGCAGCUUCAAGAGACCCAGCAUCAACAAGAUCCACUGAUCAGCUGCUCCCUGCAGAGCUGCCAGGCCCCAUGCUGCACUCCGUAUUUACUCUGUUUUUUUCCCUCCAUGUUCUUCAUAGUUGUUGCUUUGGCGAAAACAAAGGGUUCUGGAUUUUUUGUCAAGGAAUUUUACCAAGGGCAAACUUGAAUUCUGCUGCUGGAGAUUUCUUUUUUGAAUCUUUGGUCUUAGCGCGAGGUGAUGGAGAGGCCUCUGUGUAAAUGUUCCUGCUCUCCUCUGGAUUCCAUAUGGAAGGCUCUUUUUCUGCAGAUGGGAGAACUGUAAAGAUUGAGUCUGGAUGUGGCAUAAACGUGUCUCAGACAGUUGGGAUGGGACAGAUUGUGACUUUGGGAUAAAGUUAAAUCUGCAGCAUGUCUCCUGGCUUGUGUUAAUGAGAUGGACCACAUAACAGGACCGACUCCCUGGACCUUCUUGGACGUCUCGGCUCCCCUCUGCCAGUCCUGUACAUAUUUAACAGAGACAGAAUAUGUAUAUCUAGUCCUUUGUGCUAAUGUAGAUGUUGCCGUUUUCUCCAUGGUGUGCCUUUGUCAGGGUUUUUCAAUGUGUACAAUUUGUAAAGUUAAGUCAAACCUUGCUGGGGACAAUGAACAGGUACUAAUUAUGGAGGCGAGCUGUUCAUAUCGUCACAAGUUCACCCAAACUGUGUAACGCCCCACCUCCGAUGAUAGUCGAAUAUACAGGAGACCAGAAACCCCCGUUGCCUGAAAGUAUUUAUCGUGUAUGAGUAGAUAGUACUACACAAAUCUUCCUCUAUGUACACACUUUCCAAAAAAAAUUGCUUUUCAAACACUUUCACCAUGAAAUUUACAAAAAACACUAUGAGAAACGCAACCAUGUAAAUAGCUGCAAGCUUUUUGGGUUACUUUAUUUAGCUCUCCUCUUGUUUUUACUAUUACUUGUAUUUUCUGCAGCACAUUUGAAUUGGUUGACACAGUGACAAGGAACAUUGUGAAAUGGGCAAUAAUCCUCCACUGUCAAAACUCCAUUGUGAGCCACAGAUUUUUAUUUGUACAACGAUGAGAAAACACAUCUGUCAGCUCGGCAAAAUACAAGCCAACUCCUAAGUUUGCCUCUAAUUUGGCAGUUUAACUGUGAUCAUUUGAAAGCAGAAAGGGGAUAGUUUUAUGUGUGCUCACAUCUCAGACAUACACUUUUCACACAUAUAAUGCUGCAAAGACGACACCCUUGUUGCUCACUGCUGCUGAUCAAGCUGAGGCGAUGUAGUGAUGCAUCAGUAAUUGCAUCAGUUUGAAGCAAACUUCAUAUUAGAUCCUCAUCAGGCUCAUUUCCAUUCAUUGCUAGUGUGUAUGAAGGUGUUCAAGUAGGUGACAAUAUAGUUUAAUCCCCAGAUGACAAAUAAAACAGAAGAAGUAAAACUUAGAAGGGAAAGAUAUGAAUAAAAACCAAUGGCCUUCAGAAAAAAAUUUAAGUGUUCAGGAGUUCUUUGCAACCGUUGUAAUGUUCUUCAGAAACUGCUGAUCUGACACUAAUGUCAGUUGCAAAACUGACUGUGUUUGCCAUUUCUUGCCACCUCAAAAAAGUCAGGUACUUUUACCACUGGUGUGUGGCAUGUUUGUGAGGUGGCAUCAGAGAAGUGAUUGCUUCAUCUACUGGCUCAGAAGAGCUUUAACCCCCUCAUUCCAAAUCUGUCCAUUUCAAACAGUGUUUGACAACAAAAAUACAUCCACCCUAUUGAAGCAGGCAGUGUGAAAAAGGCUGUCUCAAUAACUUGAAUUUGUCCCAGUUAAGAGUCUGAGCUCCACCCAGAAAUAACAGCUAUGUCUCCUGGCUAUGUCCAGAUCCAUGAGUAUGAGCAUCUGUUUGGGUCUCUUUUAUAGCAGUGCAAAAGAGUCCAGACAGUCAGUAUGGAGUACUAGUUUUGUUUGCAAAUCGAUUUGGAACUGACAGAAACAAACCAGUGAUUUGUUUUAGAAAUGCAUUUGUUAAUGGUACUGUGUGAGGUGUGAAAUGAAACUGUGACCCAUCCAAAUGCUUUAAUCCUGCCAUGACAUCUUUACUUAAAAACAGUUUAGUAUUGUACAACGCUGACUUGUCUCUGCGCAUCUCCAUCUAUUAAGUGUUCUGUAUGGUCACAUUUGCCUAAUCAGAUAAAAUCUGACGUAACUGGACCUGAAAGUAGUGAUAAGUUCAACUUACACUUGAAGGUCUACUGCAGAGGUCCCCAACCCUGGUCCUCAAGGCCCACUAUCCUGCAGGUCUUAGAUGUCUCCCUGCUGCAACACACCUGAUUCAAAUUAAACAGCUC